AUGCGUCGCUCCACAGAGCAAAGUGCAGAGUAUCUGACGGCGGCGAGCCAGAUUUGUGUCCCGCAGCUCCGUGCAGAUGAGGUGCCCAAGACCGCCGAAAACUUCCGCGCCCUGUGCACCGGCGAGAAGGGCUACGGCUACAAGGGAUCCACCUUCCACCGCAUCAUCCCCGGCUUCAUGUGUCAGGGUGGCGACUUCACCAACCACAACGGAACCGGAGGAAAGUCCAUCUACGGUAACAAGUUCGCCGACGAGAACUUCAACCUGAAGCACGUCGGCGCCGGCAUCCUGUCCAUGGCCAACGCCGGCCCCAACACCAACGGGUCCCAGUUCUUCAUCUGCACGGCCGAGACACCAUGGCUCGAUGGGAAACACGUGGUGUUCGGCUCCGUGGUCGAGGGGAUGGACGUGGUGAAGAAGAUGGAGGCCCUCGGCACCCAGAGCGGGAAAGCAAACACCAAGGUCGUCAUCUCCGACUGCGGGGACGACACCCAGCUCCAGCACUUAACCCUUUCUGCUCGUCCUGUAGCCGCACCCCUGUAGGCUCCGCCCCCUCCCGCCCGCCAUUCAACAUUCCUGAUCAUGGAGAUUCAGCCCCACCCCCCCCCCCCCCCCCCCCCGUUUUUUAUUCUGUUGUUUAUUGCAUGUUUCUGCAUUUGUGACUUUGAAAGUUUCUUUUGCAUUAACGUUUUUUUCCACAAUCCCAACGUUUUUUUUGUUAAGUCAAAAAAAUGAAGGAGAAUAAAACAAAAGUUGCCUUGA